AUGAUUCAUUUUCACUUUUCUUUUUCUUCUAGUUCGGGUUUUCGCUACACAACAAGCGACAUCACUGAUUUGUUCAUUGAUAUUGAUCCUAUUUUAGAUGAACUCGAUGACGUCAUUGCUUCUAAUUCGAUUCUAUCACCAGACUUGCUUGCACUCUGCUCGAAAGCACUUCUAUGUGGAUCGGUGAUUUUACCAGAUGAAUUGAAAGCUGCAUCUAGCACUCAUGAAUAUAAUACAGAUGUGGCACAGAUUGCAUUAUAUCGUUUGAAAUCUAACGAAAUCAGUCGAAAAUUAAAACAACUACCAUUGAAGCCUCAGGAUAGUGAGCGAGGUUUUCUUCGUGAUAUGUUUGCAGUCACAUCUAGGGAACGGAAUGCUGAAUAUUUGGUUACCGCAACAGAAUUUUAUUCUGAAGUUCAGUUUUAUAAAAAUUCAGAUGAUAUAAUGAAACUAUAUGAAUGGACAGUCUACGAAUCAACACCACCAUUGGAGUAUCUAAAUUCUGAAGAUUUCGAAAAAAUGAAAGUCGUUGCAUACUAUCAUUUAGAAAAAAGUCAAUCUAAAGGUGGCACGCCGACAUAUGUAUUUGGUAGAACAGAUACGGAGGAUGACGGGCAUGUUUCACUUGUUAAUUAUGGAGAAAAGCCUGGACCAGACAUAGAUGGAUAUUAUCAAAUGAAAUUACUUGUCGUUAAAGAUCUGCAAUCACUGAAAGGAUUGCCAGUGCUGUCGAGAACGAUACGAAAUCGAGAAAAUGGAAUUAAUACUGCUAUUGUUUCCGGUUUUACUCGACGAAUUCAAGAUCACCUCGGAAUUGAAGUUGAUAAUGACGUCUUAUAUGAUGAUGACAUAGUGAUGCAGUUUGACACAAAAACAAAGCAGAAAAAAGAUAACUUAGAUCUAUAA